AAAAAUUAUUGAAACAGAGACGCCGCAAAGGGAUUGAGGUGUGUGCAUCCAGGAUAUCGUGCUCUUACCUGGAAGCAUAAUGCCAAGUAGUACAGCGAGACAUCUGUCGCACUGCUGUCUCCUGGCAACAGUGAUUCUGCUGUUCGAAUAUGUAUCCGGAGCUCUGUUCAAUCCAGAAAGACCAGAAAGAGAUCCUUGGACAGACUACGGCCUCUUCGGGGCAACUCUCCUGUACUUACUCCGAGCCCUGACAUUCCUCUCCUUCCCCCAGGUGAUCUUUAAUUUUGUAGGUCUCACAAUCUACAACGCAUUCCCAGACAAAGUCGUUCUCAAGGGCUCGCCCCUCCUCGCCCCCUUCAUCUGCAUUCGCGUGGUAACACGUGGUGAUUACCCACAAUUAGUGAAGACAAACGUCAGGAGAAAUCUCAACAAAUGCACAGAGGCAGGACUGGAGAAUUUUCAGAUCGAAGUUGUGAGUGAUAAACCGAUUGGUUUGACUCCACAUCGAAGGAUACGAGAGGUUGUCGUUCCCACGACUUACAGAACAAGUACUGGAGCACUUUUUAAGGCUCGGGCGCUGCAAUACUGUCUGGAAAAUAGUGUCAAUGAACUAGCUGAUCAUGACUGGAUCGUACACCUGGACGAGGAGACAUUAUUGACUGAGAAUUCAGUCCGGGGAAUUCUCAAUUUCGUUCUCGAUGGGAAGCACCAGUUUGGACAGGGUCUCAUCACGUAUGCCAACGAAGAUGUUGUCAACUGGAUCACAACUCUCGCCGACAGCUUCAGAGUGGCUGACGACAUGGGAAAACUUCGAUUGCAGUUCACAAUGUUCCAUAAACCGCUGUUCAGCAUGAAAGGAUCAUUCGUUGUUACUCAGAUGGCAGCGGAGCGUCAGGUGUCAUUCGACAACGGUCUCGACGGUUCGAUCGCUGAGGAUUGUUUCUUCGCUAUGAAGGCCUUCAGCAUGGGCUACACCUUCAACUUCAUCGAAGGCGAGAUGUGGGAGAAGAGUCCCUUCACUCUCUGGGAUUUUGUCCAGCAGCGAAAACGUUGGCUCCAGGGCAUUCUCCUGGUGAUCCACUCCAAAGUAAUUCCUCGAAAGAAGAAGCUACUUCUUGGCAUCUCUUGCUACUCCUGGGUGACCAUGCCCCUGUCCACUUCCAAUAUCAUCCUCGCUGGACUCUGUCCCAUAUCAUGUCCCCAAUUUCUCGAUGUCAUAUGUGCUUUCAUCGGUGCAGUCUCUAUCUACAUGUACAUAUUCGGUGUCAUAAAAUCAUUCUCUCUUUACCGUUUUGGGAUAUCGCGGUAUAUUCUAUGCAUUGCUGGAGCACUCGCCACCAUUCCAUUGAAUUUAGUCAUCGAAAAUAUCGCUGUCAUCUGGGGAAUAUUUGGGAAAAAACAUAAAUUUUAUAUUGUCAGCAAAGAGUUCAAACCACCUGUCACCGUUUAAUUUCUUUUUAGUUGCAAUAUUAUUACAGUACCUGUUGUUAUUGUCAAUUGAAAACAAGUGGUGGUACCAUCGUUAAGUCGUUAAAUCAUGUACAUCUUGUGGUUUGACUUCUUCAAUUAUCAUUUUUGUGGAACAUUCUGUACAAAUUUUUCAAGCUUUAUCGAAAAUCCCACGUGAGUAACCAAAAUCAUCAUAACUGAUUUUUUUUUUUUGAUCAGAUGAUUUCCGGGGUUUUUAGAACCACCGGAUAUAUUCUGUUGAUUAUAUCGGAUAUAUUAUAUUGAUUAUAUUUUUAAGGAGAGAUUCCUAUCGUUUGGAAUAUUAUAAUCGCUUCUCCGGUGAAGAAAUUGUGAAUGAAAAAUAACGAAUUUUUGAGUGAUGAUGAAUGACUGAAAUCAAUGAGUGGAACUUGAGACAUAUCAUAGAAGUGAUUCUAGAGUGCAUAACGAAAAUUUCCAUCAUUGAGUGAGUUGACAAAAGAAAAGAUGAAAGAAAUGGAAAAUUCAUCGAAGAAUUUUUUUGUUGAGAAUUUUAUUCUCUACUGAAAAAAUAAUCAAUAUUGUUUGUUUGUGUCUUUCACGAUUUCGGUAUUUAGCCUCGAUCCGGUCUCUCCUUGAUAUUAUUUCUUAAUUACAAAUACGUGCACCUUUCUUUUAACUUUAACAAGGUGUCUAGUCACACGAACGUAAUUUAUAACCAGACGAAUUUGAAAAAACUCAUGGUCUUUCAUUUUCUGUAGUGACUGUCUUGAUUUCACGACUGCCCAAUGUUAUGAUUUCUGACUUUAAAGUUUUGCUUAUUGUGCAUGCUGACUUCCAAUUAUGUAAUAUUAAUAUUUGAUUACGUAGGCAAUAUUGAAAAUUAUGGAGAUUAAUGGAAAAAUUCGGUGCAGAUGAAUUUUUUUAUAUCUCAUCAAAACUGACGUUUGAUUAUUGAAAAAUCGCAGAUAGCAAUAAUUUGAAAUUCGAUAUCUUAGGGGAAGAGAAACUAUCGAAAUGAAUAAUUUUUAUUCUAAAAUUAUUCCUCGCAAAUUAAUGUUUCUCCUUUGACUCAUUCAUCACGAGAUUUUUCUUAUCAGAAUCAAAUAUUGAGAUCUGUCAAAAAUACUAGUUUAAAUUUGUUGCACAAAAUGAAAAAUCUUUUUACACGCAUAAUUAAAAAAUGUAUAAAUCAUAAAAAUGCAAUGCAUUUUUUCAAUUUUGUGAGGCGUAUGACGAGAGGCUUUUGCAAUUUUUUAUAAUACUUAUGAAUCUCUGAGUUUAUGCUCGGAGAUAUUUUUUACAGCGAAGAAAUAGAUUGCGUCGUUAGAUGCAGUCCAAUGAGAAUUUCGAUGUACGAGAAUUUUUUUUAUUCCUUCAAUUAUUGCAGAGAUUGCAGCCUCAAUACCGUAAAUUCGUUUGAUUUUUGUUUGGCAGUUAUAGGCCUAAUUUUCUAGGCUCUUAAGAUAACUUUAGUGCCAGGCAAUCAGUUUUUUAAGAAUGUUGAUAAAUUUUUAUUGACGUGAUGUUAAUUCCUGAGGAUAUAAAAACUAUCACGAAUUGUCUUUAAUUAUUAUUGAACCAAAUUGAUAAAUAAAAAAUCGUUCCUCACCAUAUAAUUCAAUUUUUACACCUUA